CCUCUCCCCUUUCUUCUUCUCCCAUGAUUUUUACCAGCACUUUUUCUCCCCAGACUCCCACUCCCGCGAUACACACGAUUGCUCCAGAACUGCACGCAAUCCAGAACCCAACCCAACCGUAGCGUUGUUUGUGUCCCGCAGCUCCGUGUAAUUUGGCUGCCUCGUGGCGAUCGCGUGUUGCGUUGCAAGGCAAGGCCACCUGACGGACCCCGGUGUAAGAAGCAGCGUUUGGAAGCUGCCUGGGACGGAGCUGGACGAGCGUAUGCGAAGCAAUUGGCCAGGCAGCGUCGAUUCUCUCAUAAGAAAACAUAAAUAUAUCCCUGCGCACCCGCUCAACGAUCUUUGGGAGCUGCCUAUUCUACCAUUUUAUUCACGUAUUCACGACAUCAAGAUCAGAAAUUAUAUGAAUCACUGCAUAUAAGAUUGAAGCUCUAUUAUCAUGGAUCCCAAAGAGAAAUUCUAUCGCCACUUUCGCGAUUCCGUCGAAGGUCUGCAAGAUCAGAUUGGCCAACUAACUCAUAUGUCUGGGAUCGGGGGCGAACGACAAGAGGCUACAGACCACAUCCUCGCUGGCAUCAGCAAGCUUCAGAACGAAGUUGCUGAUGCUGCCGAAUUCACUCCUGCAUACGACCGACGCCAAUACUCAGAGGUCCGUCACCCCUAAUAGCUCCGUAUUAAGAGAAACCGACUGAUUGCGAUUUUGAUAGGCAAUCAAAGGCGUUCAAGACAGGCUCAAUGAAACCCUGGCCAAAGUAGCUCCAAAGUCGCGGUUCCAAUUUAGGCGCACGGGUACCGACCAUGUUGACAUGGGUGCUCCAGAGAAUGACCCGCGACUGAAUCCUGGCAGCUUAUCCCGACGCCCACAUAACCCAAAAGACGCACCAGGAGCGACGAGGGACAUUUCUGGCGAGGCCGAAGAUACCGUAGGAGACCUGCCAUCGAAGCAAAAAGACUAUAACCAAGAGUUGGCCAAGCCAGACCCUUCAUCGAUCCGCAAACCAAGUUUCUCUGCUGCUCAAAGCAUUGGAAUUUCCGAUCAGACCGGCCUUCAUAUCAUACUUCCGUCCUCGGCCUCGCGAGCUACUUCAUCAGGUUCGCUUCGGGAUCUCAAGAAUUGUGUUAUUGACCUUUCAAUACCUACGGCCCAAGGAGCACCAUUCCCCGGUCUUAUGCUUAAGAAUGUCGAUAGAUGCCUUAUUGUAACCGGUCGUGUCAGUGGUCCUGUACACAUCAAUGAUGUGUCCAACAGUACUCUGGUCGUUAUUGCGCGGCAAGUCCGCAUUCAUAACUGCAAAAAUGUCGACAUCUAUCUGCAUUGCGCCAGUCACCCGAUCAUCGAAGACUGCUCGGGCAUGCGUUUUGCCCCUCUUCCGUCAUGCUAUCUGAUGGAAGGUGAUGAAUCGACCGAGAACCAGUGGGACCAGGUCGAUGACUUCAAAUGGUUAAAGACAACUCCGAGUCCGAAUUGGACUACUCUAUCCGAAGCCCAGAGGCUUGAUGAUGAAGUGUGGACGAAAGUUGUGCCCGGAAAACCAGGUUGCAGUGUGGAACAAAUACUGAAUAAGGUUGGGAUUCCGCCAAAAUAAGUUGGUGAAAAUAUAAGUUCUCCAGAGAUGUAUGGUCGAGCCAUUGCGAAGUUUAUUGAUAGCCAAUUCGUAGCUACAUGAGAAUCUUCAGAGAUUGUUCGAAUUUAAUUUAGGCUCGUGCGCGAUUCAUAUUGCUGCAGCUGUGUCUUUUCAUAGUUCCAUCUUAUCCCCGCCCGCGUACGCGUCCUUGCUGAACUGCAUUCCGUUCUCACGAAGCUUUUCUAGCAAGGCGCGUUGCAUCUCUAUUCGCGUUUCGAGUUCUUUGAUUUCGGCCUUUUGCUCGUCGAUGGAGCGAUCCAUGUCUGGUAACGCGCGGACCUGUGCUCUGGCAUGCUGCAAUUUGUGCUUGAGCUUAUCAGUAGCACCGGGAACGUCUUUGAAAGACAGCUGCUGGCCGCCGCUGCUUGGUCCUCCGGGAGUCGCUUCUGUGGUAGCACCAGUAGGAGCAGAGGCUUUGAGCCCAGCGCGGACCUUUGCCAGGACAAUGGACAGCUCGGACAGAGAGUCGAGGUCGUCUGGGGACAGAGUGGAAGGCAGAGCGAGGGCUGGUAGCUCUGAGGCCAUGGCGACUGCUCGUGUG